AGUAAGCAUCAAACCCCAGCCUAGAAUCUAAAGGAGAGGUUUUAAAUAGUCUAGAAUACUGCGUCACUGUAUCAGUGCGUCACUGUAUCAGUGCGUCCCUGGCACUGGUUCAUUGGGCUCUACUUCACAAGACUCUGCAUCACUGGCCACUGCUCAGGAGCCAACAGAGCAAGCUGCCGCACUUCUAGAGGACUGAAGUGCCUAAGAAACAUGGAUUCUCGUGCGGGUUGAGUUUGUCUUUAAGAAAUCACUAUCAUGCUGGUGUUGUGACUAGACUGUUUUGCAAAUACAGUUUAAAGAAAGUAAUGAUAUCGUAAAGUUUGCAAACAAGAUAAGGCUGUUUGUUUUUUUAGUAUGUAAUUGAUCUUAGGGUUUCAGCUGCUGUUUUGUGAAAGAAGUGAUAGUAUCAGCAUCAACAACACAGCAGAAUAGAGCCUGUUCCACAUUUCCGUAGCCCUUUGUGUGAAGUAACCCUUCCUGUUCUCGGUUUUACAUGCACCUGCACUUCAUUUCCACCUGUGUCCUGUGUUCGUGUUUCACUGUUGAAUCUGCAGGGCCUUUGGGGAUUCUGAAUCAGGUCUUCCAUGUUGAAAAGAUUGAGCUCUUCUAGUCUGUAAGAGUAGGCAAAUACAUUAAACCUGAGGAUGUAUUUCAUUCAAAUUUAAAUUUUACUAAUUCAUCUAAAGAUCCUGACUUUGUUUGCCCUUUUUACUGAUUGCUCAUAUUGUCUAGAAGCUGAAACAGAUUUGUCAAAUUGGACACCUUAGUCUUUUACGUUAGUAGCUUCUGGCAAGCUCACUCUUUCAUGUGUUUGAAAACUCCUAAUUUACUUUCUCUUUCAUAUUCAAUUUCAUGGCCAUGAUUGGUCCAUAAUCACACAUAAAUUGUGGGUAUUUAUUUAAAGACAUACGUUACUUGAUUGAUUAGAUACUUAUUGUUUAAGUUAGUGGGACUUGUUGCCUAUAAGAACCUCUGUAUGACAUUGGCCUUCGUCAGGGAUAAUUAAUAGUAAUUUGGCUUGAUUAGGGGGUAGAAUAAAACAAGAAAACUCACAAGACAGCCUAAGUACUGUUGUCUCAUACAAAUGACAAAGUCCAGGUGUCUGUUUAGUAGAAGUCUCUAUUUCAUAUACAUAUAGGAGAAGGGCUUGCAAACACCAAACUCCCCAAACAAUACAAGAGUUAGUCUUUUAUACCUUAUCCUGAACAAAUGAUAAGACAACAACAUAUCCAUAUAUGGUUAUUAAUCACAUCUACAUGAACUAAUUUUUCUUUUGUACUCGCUUCAGCUUCAGAAAAAAACCCUCGACAGCAACAGGGAGAGAAUAAGGCACUUUUUAGAAAAGAGGAGUCCUUCCCUCUGUUUAGAAGCAGCUGCCUAGCUUUUCCUCUCCGCCUCUGUCGGAGUUCCCCCACCUGGGAGUACCCAACACAUUUAUAUAUUUGAGUGCAAAGCCAACUGCAAGCCACUAGACUGCAUAGUUUGCAAAAAUACUAAAGUAAUGUCAUUAUCUCACUUGUCUCUUCAGUACUGACAGAAAACAGACCACAGAUUUGAAAUCCUGAACAAAGAAUUAUUAGUCUUAUUCCCCGCACUACAGGGAACUACACUACAGGGAAUGACUGGAGGGGAUUGAGAAAUGUGCUAGUUUGAAUAAUGGGUGGUAACGUAUUGAAUUUCAAAAGUAUAAAUACAGACAAAUUAGACGUCAGUAUCUACUCUUGUGAACAAGAUAAUUCUGGCAGGCUUAGCUGUUUAAAUCAAGUUUAUUCUUCAGACAAAUUCUUAUUUUGUCAUUGAAUGUUUUGAUCAGAUUGGAAGAAAUACCAAAAUUUAACAGAACAUUAAAUAGAGUCACGAUGUCUUGCAUGCUGUAUGGCCACUACAAGGACCAGGUGCGGCCCUUCAUCGACGUAGUGGAUCGUCUGCGGGCACUCGGAGUGGAUCAGGAAGUGCCGCUGCCAACGGUAGCUGUUAUUGGAGACCAGAGCUCUGGAAAAAGCUCUGUGCUGGAGGCGCUGUCUGGAGUACAGCUGCCAAGAGGCACUGGAGUAAUGACACGAUGCCCCCUGGAACUGAUCCUAAAAAACAGUAAAGAUGAGACCUGGCAAGGAACAAUAUCUUAUCGAGAUAAUGACACUGAACUGGAGUCUGCAGACCAGGUUGCUGAUGAGAUUAUAUAUGCUCAGAAUGAAUUAGCUGGAAAAAAUCAAGGAAUCAGCAGUGAACGGAUCACUCUUGUGAUUGAAUCCCACGAUGUUCCAGACUUGACCCUCAUAGACCUUCCAGGCAUAACACGGGUAUCUGUGGGAAGCCAGCCCAGGGAUAUUGGAAACCAGAUAAAAGAGUUAAUCAACACAUACAUCAACAAGAAGGAAACGAUAAUCCUGGUAGUUAUUCCCUGUGCUGUAGACAUUGCUACCACAGAGGCCUUGAAGAUGGCCAGGGAGGUGGACCCAGAAGGAGAGAGGACACUGGGAGUUCUCACGAAGCCAGACCUCACUGACAAAGGGAUGGAGGACAGGAUCUGCAACAUCCUGAAGAACAGAGUCAUCUACAUGGAAAAGGGCUACAUGAUCGUCCGAUGCAGAAACCAAGAGGAAAUUCGCAGCAGCAUGCAACAUGCUGAAGCAAUUAAGGCCGAGCAAGACUUUUUUUUUAAAAGUCCCUUUUUCCGGGAUCUACUAUCUGAUAAGCAGGCUGGUAUAAAUCACCUGGCUGCCAAACUUUCUGCUGAGCUGCUGUCCCAGAUCAAGAAAUGCCUUCCCAUCAUUGAAUCUGAGAUCCAGAAAAAACAACAGGAAGUGGCAAAUGAGUUGGAAUCAAUUGGAAGAGCCCCAUAUGAUGACAGAGAAAACGUCAAGUUCCUCAGUGAAAAAGUCAGAGGGUUCGUCAAUGAUGUUAUGGCACUGGUGAAUGGUGAUUUCUCCAAAGAAUUUGUGAAGGAAACAGAGCUGUUCUGCUUCAUUCGUGAGAAAUUUUCAAAGUGGCAUUCCAAUCUCGAAGAAAGAGAAGCAGACAUUGAAGAAAGCCUGUGCUCGAAGGCUCAAGAGUAUAUUGAAAGCUGUCGAGGGCGACAACUGCCGGGAUUCCUCAACUAUUCGGUGUUUGAAGCUUUAGCAAAAAAGUUCAUCAAGGAUCUGGAAGUACCGGCUUAUAGACUAUUGACCAUGAUUUCAGAUGAAGUCCAAGAUGUUCUCAAAACAAUGGCACACAUGCACUUUCAGGGAUUACCCAAUCUUCUGAAGUACACAAAGGACAGGAUUGCUGAAAUCCGUGAGAUGGAAGACAAGAGGUCUGGGGAAAUGCUGAAGACACUCUUUAAGAUGGAAGCGAUGAUCUACACCCAGGACGGCACCUAUGCUCUGAAGCUCGACAGGGCACAGUCCUCAGAGGAGUUCGCAGCCCGGAAAGACAAGAGGACGGCAUUCGACCUGAAAGCUGAGGUUUCUGCUCUGAAGAUCCAUUUGAAAACGUACUGCAAGAUUGCCUCCAGCCGCCUGGCGGACCUCGUGCCCAUGGUGACGAGGUUCUACCUGCUGCAUGAGUCCGGCGCCGAGCUGCAGAGGGGGAUGCUCAGCCUCCUGCAGGAGAGGGACAUUGUGGACGAGAUGGUAGAGGAGGAGGAGGGCAUCACCGCGAAGAGAAAAGCAUUACAGGAUCGCCAGGAGCGUCUGAGACACGCAUAUGCUUCUCUGGGAGACAUUUAGCUACCAGGCAGACAGAUUCAUCUGCUUCAGGCUGUUCAAGUGUUCAGACAGAAUAAUGAGUGAUCACUGCCCCUGGUGAAGGUGUAUGUGCAUACAGUAUGCAGUUUAAAGACUGUUUGGAUUUCUCUUCUUGACCCCUAACUCUACUGUUCCCACUAGUCCUAAUUUGUUGAGUGUUAGCCCUUUUCCGAAAUGUAGCCCUAACCUUACAGCCCUACUGUUAUGCCCAGGUUAUGCCUUUACAACCCGAUACUGUCUAGAACCCUAACCCAUACUCCUACCCCAUAGACCAUGUGCUAGUAGCCCUGACCCCCUCCUGUUGUAGAUGUGUAGAGUGAGGAGCCAGGUUUCCAGCCCUAAUUUUGCAUGUCACUUGUUCAAGUAAACUGUUGAAUUUAUUUGUAAAUGAUGUCAGAAUUGAAUUGACUUAACAAAUGGCUUGUUUAAUUGGUCAAAAGAGCUUUAGAAAUGGGUGAUUUUAAUGGUGACUUACAAUACCUGUGGGAUUGGGGUUCUGCAGGUCCCUGCUGCAGUGUUUUGUGUUAGAUAUUGGAAAAGCACAGGUGCUCCCUGCUUGAAGUAAUGCAUUAACGGAGUGUCCCAGGAAACCCAAGACAGCGGAGAUCUUUAUGCUUUUGACAUCAUGCAAAUACUAUGGUAGGGCACAUUAACCCAAAAACACAAAGAUCCAGUCUAAAGUACAAUUUUAUUCUGGCAUCUACAACUACAAGUCCAGGACAAAGUAGUUUUUUCUCCCCUCGAGAGAGCUAGAGCUGUGGACAUUCCUAACCUUUAUAUAACCAGGCUGAGAUCUUCUAAGGGUGUGAUCCACAGUGGCUACCUCAGAGACUGUUAUUCAUGUGUACAGAAUCCCUCACUCUCAUUUUUUUUUUAAUUUUCAUACUGUUCUUGAUCCCUGACUGUUCCGUCUCCGGGUUUUUCCAGAACCUGCACCCCCUGCAGCUUGUCUUAACAUCUUACUCUACUGCUUGUUAGUGAUGGCACCAGCUUAGCAUUCCUCUUGCAAGCGCAGGGUUCAGAGUGGGUCUAUUGUGAGGUUUAAAAUAAAAAAAUACAAAAAAAAUGUUUUUUAAAGCAGAUAGAUGCUUCUGAAAUGACCACCUUUACUAAAUACCGAUACCCCAGUCUGUACUGCUGCUAACCAGGAGUGCUGUUCUGUUCAUUCCCUCCAUUUGUCUGAAUGAUGCACUUGGAUUGUAACACUUCUGAUUAAAGCAUGAUGAAACCAACA